GAGUUUUCUAAGCUAAGAGUAACAAGAUGUCUGGACGUGGUAAGGGUGCCGGUAAGGCCAGAGCCAAGGCGAAGUCCCGCUCCUCCCGGGCCGGGCUUCAAUUCCCGGUCGGCAGAGUCCACAGGCUGCUGAGGAAGGGUAACUACGCUCAGCGUGUCGGUGCCGGAGCCCCGGUGUACCUGGCGGCGGUGCUGGAGUACCUGACCGCUGAGAUCCUGGAGCUGGCCGGAAACGCUGCCCGCGACAACAAGAAGACCAGGAUCAUCCCCCGUCACCUGCAGCUGGCUGUCCGCAACGACGAGGAGCUCAACAAGCUGCUGGGCGGAGUGACCAUCGCUCAGGGCGGCGUGCUGCCCAACAUCCAGGCUGUGCUGCUGCCCAAGAAGACCGAGAAGCCCGCCAAGAAGUAAACACGGAACCGGUUCCUCAACUACACAACAACACAACAACAAAACAACGGCUCUUUUAAGAGCCACAACCGACAUCUAAAGAUCAUGUUCCGUUAAUAUCUGAAACACGCUAAUGUUCUAGUCCUGAGAUAUAAAAGCAAACCGCUUGUUCUCUCAUCAGUGUGAUUAGAGCUACUUGCUACUGUCACUACAGAAUUUGCCAGAGAACUUUUCCUUGAAUUCACAUUAAAAUCACUUUAUUCAUUGUGCAGAAUAACAUUUCGUUUGCACAGUGAAAUUGUUAAAAUGUGGUUUGUAACACUAAUUAUAAUUUAAGAGAUGAGAAUGAAAUGGUUAAAAUGAGGCUCAGGACAAAACCAGACAAAAACAAAGAUAUGAACAUAAAGUUGAUGUUUCAUCGUCACGUGGUGAGGAUUCAUCUUAUUAUUCACCCAAAAUAUUACUUCUCUCUACUGCUGCCAUUCUGUGUUUCUUUGCAUCUGAGCACUUUUAAAAUACAUUUGAAAUCCGAGUCAG